AUGGCGAUGAAUGUCCAAAUAGAAUCAAGAAAAUUAGUAAAACCAUUCAUUCCAACUCCUCCAAACCUCCGUAACUAUAAGAUAGGCUUCCAAGACGAGGUAGCUCCCCCUAUGCAUGUUGGUACUGUUCUCUUCUUCUCUUACAAUAGAGAUAGCAACCCAAAGUUUGUUGCUCGACUUGAAAAAUCACUUGAGACAACCUUAACAAGAUUAUACCCUCUGGCCGGAAGAUACGUUCGGGAAAUGCAUACUGUUGACUGCAAUGAUGAAGGUGCCGAGUUUAUACACAGUAAAGCUGAUUUGAGACUUGAAGAUAUUCUUGAUUCUCAGUGGAAUGGUAAGUUGAUUGACAAACUCAUUCCAUCUAUUAUGCCUGGAGCUGCUGACCAAAUGGACGUUCCUAUACUUGCAACUCAAGUAAACACUUUGUUGUGCGGAGCUAUUGCACUUGGUGUAAGUAUUUCACAUAGAAUUGCUGAUGCUGGGACACUUUCUACAUUCCUGAACGAAUGGGCUGCUUUGCAUCGAGAAGAUAACGAAGUUGAAUUCACUGGUGCGGGUUUCAGCGCACCCUCUUUCUUUCCUGGUCGUGGAGUUGAAGGUCAUAAGUUGAGUAAAGAUGCAUUAAGCAAUCUUGUCACCAAGAAACUUUCAUUUAGCGAGAGUGAGAUAUUAAACAUUAAAGCACAAUGUGUGAUCAAUGAAAAAGGUUGCACCCAUCAUUUGUCAAAGGUACAGAUAGUAUCAGCUAUCAAAUGGAAGACUCUCGUUAAUGUUGAUCGAGCAAUACACAGUCAUCUGAGAGAUUCUGUUCUCAUCCAAAUUCUAAACCUGCGGGGAAGAACUGCAUCUUUAAUUCCCAAAGAUUCUUGUGGCAAUCUUUUGGUGCCAUUUACAACCAAAUCUAGUAACGAUGAAACAACCAAAGGGUUGGCAUAUCUUUUGAGUAAAACUCAGAAGGAAGUCUUAAGUAACUACUCAAAGAUGCGUCAUGAAAAUAAAGAAGGGCAAUCGAUGGUUCUCAAAUCCUGGUCACAGAGCAAGUUCAUGUUUGAUAGUACUCCACAUGCAGUUCUCGUUUCUAGCUGGUGUAAGUUCCCCUUUUAUGAAGUUGACUUUGGUUUUGGAAAGCCUAUGUGGGUAACAACCGGGAGCAUGCCGGCAAAUAAUUGGAUAAUUUUGAUUGACGGAAUGGGAGGUAGUGGAGUCGAUGCAUAUGUUGGAAUGGAACUUAAAGACGAGCCUUAUUUGGAAGAGGCUUUAGACAUGAAAGUUAUCGGUACCUAA